AUGUUCGUGACUCGAAAGUACAAGGCGGCUGCCGUGCAAGCCGAGCCUGGCUGGUUUGAUCUUGAAAAGUCCGUUCAGAAAACCAUCAGGCUCAUCCAAGAGGCUGGGGAGAAGGGCUGCAAGCUCAUUGCCUUUUCUGAAUUAUGGAUUCCAGGAUACCCCUACUUUCUAUGGCGUGUCAAGUAUCAGGAUUCCUUGCCACUUCUCAAGGAAUACCACCAGAACAGUUUACGACCUGAUUCGAACGAGAUGCGGCGAAUCCGCGCUGCUGCGAAGACUGCCCAAAUUUUUGUAUCUUUAGGCUACUCGGAGGUCGAAGGCCAUACUCUAUAUAUGGCGCAGGUCAUCAUUGACCCAACAGGCACCAUCAUCAACCACCGCCGCAAAAUCAAGCCCACACACGUGGAAAGACUUGGCUUCGGGGAAGGCACAGGCGACUCACUCAACACAGUGGUUCAGACCGAAAUCGGCAGGCUUGGUCAUCUGAACUGCUGGGAAAGCAUGAACCCAUUCCUAAAAGCCCUCAACUGCGCCCAACAUGAAGAGAUUCACGUCACAGCAUGGCCAGCCUCCGCCUCUGCCUCAACCCUCGAGUACCCAGCCCCUUAUUUCAACACAUCAGAGGCGCUAUCAGAGCUGGUGACCCCCGCCUACGCCUACGAGACAGGUACCUGGACGUUGGCGCCGACGCAGGUUGUCACUCGCGAGGGUGCGCGACUGAACCUGCCGAAGCAUCUGCAAGAUGACGAAAAAGCUGUCGAUGCGGAAUUGGACAUCAUCGGCAAUGGAUUCACUCGGAUCUAUCGCCCUGACGGAUCCCGGGCGGUGGAGGCUCCGCCAAAGACGUUCGAGGGCCUUGUCGUGGCUGAUGUCGACCUGGACGAGAACCUGCUCACGAAGCACCUGGCUGAUUUUGGGGGACAUUAUAUGCGCCCGGAUCUGAUCCGAUUGCUUGUUGACAAGUCGCCCAAGACUCUCAUUGUUGAUGCUCAUAGCACGGAAGCGAAGCCGCAUACUAUUAUGCGGGACGUCGGAGAUGCAUGA